ACCUUUACUCCCUACACUUGUACACUUAGGGAUGAAAAAAAAUCGGAAACACAAAACAAACUAAAUAAUAUUGUAAUAACUAUUAGCUUGUUACUGUUAGCAGUUUUUCCACGGUUUUUUCAUGUUCUGACUCACUGUUUAUUGAGGAAAUAUGGAACCAGUUGAGGAACUUAAAGCGCACUACGGAGUGAUUUGGGACACAGCCCAGCGCGUAUGAAUGAAGGAUCCUUCAGACUCACGUGUUAAAAUUCUCCUUUAGUUUAUAGAUUUCUGUCUUUUGUAAGAUGAAGAUCAUGAACAAUCUGAUGAACUGUGUGUGUGUUUGUCACGGCGUGUUUCUCAGAGCAUCAGCUCGGUUCAGUGUUCCUCACAGGAACAUCAGUGACCUUCCCUUUACCUCAGGGAGGAGAGUUUACACUCCAGCACACACUCCACCUGCGAGACAAGUGAGGAACCUGAGGAACAUGUCCAGCAGACCAGGAGGUGCCAUGAACGUGUUCAACAGAAAUAUGAAGAGAAAGCAGAAGACAUGGGCAGCGACUUUACCAGACAGCGAGAAAUAUGACUACCUGAGAGAUGAGGUUGGGAGCAGAGUCGCAGACAGAAUUUAUGACAUUGCCCGGACUUUCCCAUUAGCAUUAGACAUGGGCUGCGGAAAAAGCCACAUCGCUGAACACCUCAGCAAGGACGUUGUAGAGCAGAUGUUCCUUACAGACAUCUCAGACGCUUCGUUGAGGAUGGAGAGGCAGAGUGAGAUGCCUACACACUGUAUGAUGGCCGAUGAGGAGUUCCUGCCGUUUCAGGAGAACACUUUUGAUCUUGUGGUCAGCAGCCUCAGUCUGCACUGGAUCAAUGAUCUUCCAGGAGCGUUGCGUCAGGUCCAUCGCGUGUUAAAGCCGGACGGCGUGUUUGUAGGGGCGAUGGUGGGAGGCGAGACCCUGUACGAGUUGCGCUGUUCCCUGCAGCUCGCCGAGUUGGAGAGGGAGGGAGGAUUCGCGCCGCACAUUUCCCCCUACACCGCCGUCACCGACCUGGGCAACCUGCUGGGCCAAGCUGGCUUCAACAUGCUCACUGUGGACGUGGAUGAGAUCCAGGUUCACUACCCCGGCAUGUUUGAAAUCAUGUCCGACUUACAAGGUAUGGGCGAGAGUAACUGUGCGUGGAACAGGAAGCCGAUGUUGCACAGAGACACCAUUCUAGCAGCGGCUGCCAUUUAUAAAGAGAUGUACGGUAGUGAGGACGGAUUCGUCCCAGCCACGUUCGACAUCCUGUUUAUGAUCGGCUGGAAACCUCACGAGUCACAGGCGAAACCCGCAAAGAGAGGCUCGGCCACCGUGUCGUUCGCCGAUUUGGCGAAAAUCAGAUCGCAGACCAGCAUAAAUACGGACAAAUCUGACACGAGCUGACUUGAACCGAACUCAUAAAUAUUUGUACUGAAAAAAACGUUUUAUGAAACGUACAUAAAAAUAAAAAAUUAAAACCCCACAAAUGUCA